AAGCAUAUUUAAUUAUUACACGUCUACCAAAUAUAAUAACAAUUAGCCAUGAAGAUCAAUACCAAACACUUGAUAAUAUCGUUAAUUCAUGGAUAAUAUUAUUGAAUAUUAAAGGAGCCGAUUUAAGACGAUUAUUUAAAGCGAUUUCAUCUAUUCUUACAUCAUUUCAUGGUCUUGUUGUUUAUCGUCAAAGUUCAUUAAAUCAAGCACUCUAUACAACAAGUUUAACAUCAGCACUUUGUACUUUAGCUAAUUAUCGUCAAAGAACACGUGAAAAAUUGGGUAUCGAUAUAUCUAGUAUUCAAUCAAACACAAUUCCAUCGAUUCUUACAGUUAUUCGACAAACUCUUAUCAAAAUUCAACUUAAUCUUUCAAAUUCUUCAAUUGUAACAAAUCAGAAUAUGUUUUCUUCUUCUUCAUCAUCUAAAACAAUACCAACAACAACAGAUGAAACAACAUCCACAACAACAUCAACAGAGCCGAAUCAAACUUCCUCAUAUUCGCCAGAUACAUUAAAAAAAAUGGAAGAUUCCGUAAUAAAAUAUGUUCAAUCACCAUUGUGUUCAUCGUUUCGUUUUAGCGAAUCAGAUAAAAUUCAUACUAUUAUCAUUAAAGCACAUGAUUAUUGUUCACAAGUUACUCAAUGGUACGGUAUUUUUACAACGUUUAAUGUUCUUGUUCAUAAUCAAUCGAAUACAAAUAAUUUAAAACAAAAUGAAACUGCUCAUAAUAUUGUUCUACAUGGUCUACAAUUAUUACGUGAUCUUGUUAUAAUAAAAAAAAUUCUUGAACCUGUUUUUUCGAUAACAGGUGUUCGAUUUUUAAUUAAAGAUCUUAAUCGAUUAGAAAAAUGUUUUCUUUCAUUAUCACUUGAAAAUUAUUCUCAAUUACGAGAAACUUUACGACAAUUAAAUAUUGAUGUUAGCUGUAUUAUAAAUGAUUUUCCACCACCAUCAAAAACUCUUGUACGAAAAGGUGAAGUAAAUAAACGAAAAAGAUUUGAUAUAUCCGAAUCAAAUUUUUCAACACCAUUAUCAACAUCAGAAAAUCAAUCACAAACUACGAAAAAUGAUGAUACACCAUUGACUCUUGAAGAUUGGCGAGCAACAACACGAAAUGAAAGUUCUGAACAAGCUAAAGACAUAUUAGAAUUAUCGAAAUCAAAACCAAAAUCUAAUAAACGUAAAACUGGCGGUGAUUCAAAAAAAAAUCUUCUAUCAAAUAUAGAAAAUUUAGCUAAAGAAACAUCAUCUCAAAGUUUUACUAAAGUAAAUGUAUCAACAACAAGUCAUAGUAGUGAUGGAAAACAAAAUAUAUGGAAUGAUAUUGAUACAUCAAUUGAAUUUAAUAUUGAUUUACAAAUGAAAGCUAUGCAAGAACAAUUAAAAAAACAACCAAAUCUACUUGAGUUAUAUGAAUCAAUUAAAAUAAAAGGAAAACGAACUCCACCUGAUGGCAAACUUGAUAAUCGUGCUGGACUUAUUUCAAACAUUCAACGUGAUCGAUGGACAUAUCAAUUACUUGUUGAAACACCUCCUAUAGCUCAAAUGAUAAAUUUAAUUAUAAAAGAAUUUCGUUCAAAAUGGGAAACAUUAAUUAAUAAUAUUAAUACAACUGAACAACAUGAAUUUCAUUGGUGUAUUAUGAUUGAUAAUUCAGGUUCGAUGAGUAUUUAUCGAAAUUCAAUUUAUGAAAUUCUUGUUAUACUUAUGGAAUUACAUCGUAAACUUGAAAGUAAAUUUGCUGUAGCACGUUUUGGUGGACGAAAUAAUCAGAAAAUGUUAAAAAAUAUGCUUGAUCGUUUUACUAUUCAAGAUGGACAAUAUGUACUUGAAGCAUUAACAUUUGAUGAAGGUACAUAUCCAGCUACAGGUCUUGAUAAUAUUUCAAAACGUGUAUUUGGUUUACCAAAUGAAAAUACACCAUCGAAUCCAUUUGUUCAUCGUCUUGUUUUAAUGAUUACUGAUGGUUUAACACAUGAUAAUGAUGAUACUACUUAUUCAGAAACAAUUAAAAAAUAUGAUAUUAAUUUAGGUGUUCUAUUCAUUGAAACAGCUGGACAAAGUACAAGUCAAGUAUUAUUACGUGGUCUAAAAAAAGCUCAACAUCGUAUUGUUCAUGCAAAUGAUAUUAACGCAUCACCAAAAAUAUUAACACAAUUAAUGCAUGACAUGGUCAAAGCUUCAAUUAAUAAUGAUAAUCAACAGACAUUAACAAAUUCAUUACCAAUAAUCAAUAUUAAAAUACCUAGUAUAGUUGAAACGCCAUCUUUAUCCGAUACAAUCAUUCAAAAUUUAACAUACGAUUCGGCCAAUCCAACAUCAUAUAUGAUUAGUAGUUCAACAGCAAUAAUUCCUCGUUUAAAUCAAACUCAAUCACAAUUAACAAAUUAUUUAUCAUCUACAACUGAAUAUACUGAUUAUUCAUCGAAAGCAUUAAAUAAACUUCGUGAAUAUUAUCAUUCAUUAAAAGUAUCAUCGGUUAUGCAAGAUGUAGAAAAAACUUGGAUCUCCGAAGAAUAUCGUCUUUCUGGUGUUGUCGAAGAUGUAUCGACUGUACUCGGCGAUCUUAUAUUACCUUUCAAUAAAUUUACACGUCGUCGAGCAGCUCUACGUGGUUCAUCACUUUAUUUACCUGGUCUAAUAAAAGCAAUGACUAGUGAAUGGACAUACAAGAAAAUAUUUAGUUCAAAAUUAGCCGGUGGUAAACGUGAUCAUGCCGUAUGUCUUGUUCUUGAUGUAUCAACAUCAAUGUUAGGUACACUUAGUACUGGUCUUAAAGAAGCAGUUAUAGUUCUUACAGCUGCUCUACGUAAACUUGAUUUAACUCAAUUCGGUAUCAUUGUAUUUGGUCAUGAGGUACGUUUGAUUAAAUCCAAUGAACAAGCUUGGGAUGCAGCAACUAUUUAUACACUUGUAAGUGAACUUCGUUUCGAUCAAGAUGAAGAUACUAAAGAUGCAGAUGCUAUUGAAGCAGCUAUUGAUCUACUUAGUCAAUGUUCUGUACGAGGUGAAAAGAAAAUAUUUAUUCUUACUGAUGGUUAUAGUAAUUGUGGUAAUCGUCUUGCUAUGGUACAACAACGUGCCGAAAACAAUGGCAUCGAUUUAGUAGCUAUGGCUAUUGGCAUUGAUCCAACCAAUCUUCAAUUGAUUUAUAAAAGAUAUCUACAAUGUGCUACUGUUCGUGGAUUAUCAAAAGCUUUACGAGCUCUAUUUGAACAAGAAGCACAAAUUGUUUUGUCCGAUUGGGUACCAAUACAAAAUGAAAAGAAACAAACUGCUGAUGAUACGAAAGAUACUAUAUCUAAAGAUAGUCUUUUCGAAGAUAUAUUUUCGAAGAAAGCUUUCAGUGAUAUGAUCAAUGAAUUGGCUAGUGAGCGAGAAUUAAUGUUAAUGCAUAGUGGUCAACCGCCAUCGAAUAUAACAAUUGAUAUUUGUUUUUGUCUUGAUUGUACUGGUAGCAUGUCACGAUGGUUAGCAGCAGUUAAAGGUCAAAUGCACACUAUUAUGAAUAGUAUUCAAAAUGAUAUCAAAGUAAAAUAUCCAUCACUUAAACUUGCACUACGUUUUGCCAUUGUUGCUUAUCGUGAUAUAAAAGAUAGGCCACCGAUUACGAAAAUAGAUUUUACAGAAAAAACAGAAGAUGUAAUGAAGUUUUUAAAUGGAAUAACGGCUAGUGGAGGUGGUGAUAUUCCAGAAGAUGUACUCGGUGCACUUGAUACAUGUUUAACAUUGAAUUGGAGUAAAACAAAUGCUCGAUUUAUUGUACUGAUUACUGAUGCACCUGGUCAUGGACCAGAACUUAAUAAUGAUCUUGCAAAUGAUGAAUAUAAGAGUGGAAAUGGUAAACACACAUUGAACGGUAUAUGCGAUCGUCUAUUGAAAAAAGAUGCCGAAAUCGAUCUUAUGUUUUGUGUUAUUAAACCAAAAGCAACGGCUAAAAUGAGGGAUGCAUUCAAAAAUCAAUAUACUCUCAAAGGAAGCGAUGCUGAAAGAGCAUUUAAGGACAUUGAAUUAUUUGAUGUUCACCAACAGGAAGCUCAAUCAUAUCAUUUUGUUUUUGUUCUUGAUGAAUCAGGUUCAAUGAAUCCAUAUUGGAACGAAUUACAACAAGCGUAUAACGGUUUCUUGUCACGACGUAAUGAUGAUCAAGGUGGAGAUGAUGUCGUCACUGUUGUUCAGUUCAACACAGAUGCACGUACAAUCUGUUCAAAACGAAAGGUUGCUGAUGCUCCUCGUACACUUGAUAUUCAGAACGGUGGUACAGAUUAUGCACAAGGUUUGAAAGAAGCGACGAAAGCAAUCGAGAACGAUAACACAAAAUCAUCGAUUGUAAUGAUUUUUAUGUCGGAUGGUGCCGAUUGUGGUAGUGGAAAUCCCGAAAACAUAAUUACUCAAUUGAAAACAAAAUAUACAGGAAAUCAUAAUUUUAUUUGUCAUACUAUUGGUUUCGGUAAAGACAUUACUAAUGGUAGUGAAGAAGAGAAAAAACUUAUCAGAAUGGCAAAUAAUGGUGGCGGUCAAAUGUACAAAGCAGUGACUGGUGCUGAGUUGAUUAAAACCUU